UACAGUUCUUCACACAUCUGUGCACUAAUGAACUCAUCAGUGAUAAUGAACUGCACUUAUACAUACCCUACUGGACAUCAGAUCAUGAAAGUGUUCUGGACCAAAAACCCUGUAAAGGGUAAAGAGCCUCCAGAUCUGUGUGAGGAUCCUGAAUACAGUCAGAGGCUUCAGUAUCUGGGAGACAAACAGCAGAACUGCACCAUCAGACUGAGUCAUGUGACACAGAACGACCAACACAUGUACUGUUUCAGAUUCAUAACUGAUAAACCUAAUGGAAAAUGGACUGGUUAUCCAGGAGUGACUCUUACUGUCACAGAUCUUCAGGUGGAGGCUCCUGAGAGAGUGACAGAGGGUCAUAAUGUCAGUCUGACAUGUAAAAGCAGCUGCACUCUGACUGACAGAGCAACAUUCAUCUGGUACAGAAACUCACAGCCAUUAACUGAGAGAAGAGACAGAAACAAUCAACUCCUGCUGCAGUCAGUCAGAAGAGAGGAUGCAGGCAGAUACAGCUGUGCUCUACAUGGACACACUUACAUCUCUCCUGCUGCUCAGCUCAAUGUCUCCUACCCUCCUAAAAAUGUCUCAGUGUCUAUAAAUGGGUCGGGUGUGAUAUUGGAGGGAGAUUCAGUGACUCUGAUCUGCAGCAGUGAUUCAAUCCCUCCUGCUCUGAACUUCAGCUGGUUUAAAGGAGAAAUGUUUGUAGGAUCUGGAAGAAUCUACAGCAUCUCAAAGAUCAGCUCUGAUCACAGUGAAGAAUACAAGUGUAGAUCCAUCAAUGAACAUGGAGAGAACUACUCUGAUGCUGUGACUUUAAACGUCAUGUAUCCUCCCAGGAAUGUCUCAGUGUCUAUAACUGGAUCUGGUGUAAUAGUGGAGGGAGAUUCAGUGACUCUGAUCUGCAGCAGUGAUUCAAACCCUCCUGCUCUGAACUUCAGCUGGUUUAAGGAGAAUCAAAGCUCAGCUGUUGGAUCUGGACAGAGUUUCAGUGCACUACAGAGUGGACGCUUCUACUGUGAGGCUCACAAUCAACAUGGAUCUCAGAGAUCAGACGCUGUUACUGUCACAGUUCAUCCUGGAGCUGAUAGGAAUGUGAUUGUGAUCGCAGCAACAUCUGGAGGAUUAUUCAUCACCAUCAUCAUCGUCCUGCUUAUAAUGAGGAUACGAAAGAGUGAUCAAUCUGAAGAUCUAACAAUGAAACAGAAUGAUCUUUAUUCUGAUGUGUCACAGAGAGUUUCCGUUCAUGACGAGUCUCUUUCUGAACCUGAUCCAGUCAAUGAUGCUCUGUAUGCCAGUGUGAAACCCAGCAGAUCCAGAGGAGAAACUCCUGAAUCCAGAGAUACUGAGGAGAUCCAGGACACAACUGUCCAAUAUCACAGAAAGAAAGAGAGGAAAAGACCGGAAGAAGAUGAAUGUCAGUAUGACAACAUAUGUUCAUCAGCUGCCAUGAGAUUUUCUAGGAAAUCAAAUGUUCAAACUGUGGAAGACGUAUCAGUGAUCUACAGCAAUGUCGGAUGAGAAGUCAGAAGUCAGAAAGAGCUGUAUUGUAUGUAUGACUGCACAAACAAAACCUGCGUUCAUCUGUUUAAUGAGUGACUGUUGGAUUAUUGUAUAAUUGUGGAGACAUUUACUCAUCUGUUUAGACCACAACCACUAUAUGUUCAAAACCCACAUUUUAUUUGAUUCUUCAUAUAUGAGGAUAUAUAUAUUCUCCCUUCAUAUAUCCAAAUUUACAUACAGACGGUUGGUCUGGGAACGCCCCGUCACGUGAUGUGAAUUUAGCCUGUGGGGGAAAACAUUGCCUUGGCACCAAUUGAAAUAACUGGGACAACCAUCCUGAAGAGAUUCUGUGUCGUUUUAUGUACCGCCAAUAAACAAACAAAUUAUGAAAUGAAUUUCUACAUCCUAGAGCUGAAGAUCUUUGCCCGGACCUGAAUGAAUGAAUGAAUAAUGAUGCACCAUCAGUGAGUGCAGGACCGCGCUGAACACAUCUACUGUGGAUUCAUUAAUUUUCCUCCACAAAAACA